GUCAUUCCUUCUCGCUAUCAUCCACGAGAGGAGAGAUUGGAUAUAUAUACUCGGAUUGGGUGCUAUCCAGUCCGAGUUGUUCUUGGAGAUGACGGCAAGCAUCGAUUCGCUGCCGAGAAUGGAUGGAGAUGCUUUCUCCAUGACCACCACUGCCAAAAUCUUUGGCAUAUUCUGUUCAAAAAAUUAUCAGAGGCAGCAUGCAAAGCCAUUGUGAUUUCGACCCUUGGUUCAGAAGUUGACUACCCAAUAAGAAUUCCUGAUUAUGAUUCUGAUGAAGAUGAUGUUACAGAUGAUGAUGAUGACGUCUUUGUUUGCAAGUUGGAAGAAUCGCACUUUCGGGAGUCAUUCGAGAAGCUG